UUAGUAGCAGAUAUUUUCCCGAAAUGUCUACACAGAACAAACCACGAGCCCUUGGCAUUGUGCUAGCGUUCCUCAGCGUCCUGACGCUCACGCAUCUUCCAACCGCCAGUUCCCAGAGUGACCCCACGCGGCCUAUCAUCGACAGUCCGGCCGGGCAGGUGCAGGGUACAACGGAGUCCUGCGGUCUGUUCUGCACCUACUAUUCCUUCAAGGGCAUUCCGUACGCAGAGCCACCGGUCGGCUCGUUGCGCUUCCGCAAUCCGGUCCCGCGAGCGAGGUGGACCGGCGUCCGGGACGGUAGCAACCAUGGGUCCGAGUGUCUGCAGGUGUCCGUCGUUCCCGGACAGGUGCGGGGCGGUGAGGACUGUCUCUACCUCAACAUCUACACCCAGCAGCUCGUGGGCCUGCGUCCGGUGAUGGUGUGGAUUCACGGCGGUGGUUACAGCAUCAACUCGGGCAACAGUGUUGACUUUGGGCCAGAAAAGCUGGUCCAAGAGAAUGUGCUGCUGGUCACGCUCAACUAUCGGCUCGGUGCGUUGGGCUUCCUGAGUACGGGCGAUCGGUACGCGGCCGGCAACUGGGGACUGAAGGAUUGCCUGCAGGCCCUCCGCUGGGUACGGUCCAACAUUGCCGCCUUUGGUGGUGACCCGGACAGUGUAACGAUCUUUGGAAAUUCGGCCGGCGCUGCCCUGGUGCAUCUGCUCGUACUGACCGACGCUGGCGCCGGGUUGUUCCACCGGGCGAUUGCACAGAGCAGUACCGCGCUCGUACCGUACGCCUUCCAGACAAGGCCACGCUUCUAUGCCGAUCGUAUUGCGUCGGCGCUCGGGUUCGGCACGGACAGCAGCACGUACGUCGAGCGGCUGCGAACCAUUCCCGCGGAACAGUUCGUUCCCUUCCAGGAGGCUACAGUUACCAUCCCGGUGCCACGGUUUCUUCGUCCGCUUGACUUUGGACCCGUCGUUGAGCCGGGUGACGCACCGGACGAGGUCAUCGUACGGCAGCGCCCGAUCGAGCUGAUCCGAACCCGGGCCCAUCGGGUUCCGUUCCUCGUGGGGUACACCGAUCUGGAGGGUGCCUUCUUCACUGCACUGGACAAUGCGAUCGAUCCCACGGUGAAAGGACAGUUCAAUGCGAAUCCUCAUCUGUUCGUGCCGUUCUUCUGGAAUGUUGGCGCUGGUACUGCCGCCUCGAGUCAGAUCAGCGGCGCGUUUCGCGAGCACUACUGGCAGAGCCGACCGUUGGACGCCAGCCUGGACUACGAGUGGACGGUGUACCAGUCCGACCACAUGUUUGCGUUUGCCAUCGAUCAGACGGUCAGGCUGCACGCGCAAACGACGCCCGCUCCGCUGUACUACUACCAGUUCGCGUACGACGGGGAUUUGAAUCUGUACAAGAAGCUGUUCGGCGUGCAGCACCCGGGUGCGAUACAUACGGACGACCUGCCGUACCUGUUCCACAUACCGGCGGCCAUGCUGGAGCCGGUGUCGCCCGACAGCCACGCGAAUACCGUGAGCAGCCGUGUCGUUCGGAUGUGGACCAACUUUGCCAAAACGGGCAAUCCUACCCCUGGGCAGGACGCCUUGCUACAGAACGUGCAGUGGCCAACGGUCGGAGCGACGGGCACUGGGUACCUGUCGAUUGGGCACGAUUUGCUACCGGUCCAGCAAACGCCCAACCCAACUCGUAUGAACCUGUGGUACAAUCUGCAGCAAACCUACGCAAAUGCACCCUUUGAAAUAUGAUUUAAUUGACUGUGGCGGUGUUGACUUACAUGCGCGUUCGGGUGAAUAAACUAAUUAG